AUGAAGGAUUCAGAGACUGUCAAAGAUUAUUCUAACAAAUUACUCAGCAUCGCCAACAAAGUAAGGUUACUUGGCUCUGAAUUUCUUGAUUCUAGAAUUGUUCAAAAGAUUCUUGUAACAGUUCCUGAAAGGUUCAAAGCAACCAUCUCUGCGCUGGAGAACACUGAGGAUUUGUCAAGGGUUAGCUUGACAGAAUUUUUGAAUGCUUUGCAGACACAAGAACAGAGAAGACUUUUGAGGUCUGAAGGGUCUGAAGGUGCAUUAGCUGCAAGAGCUCAGUUCAAUCAAGGAGGAAAAGGGAAGAAGAAUGAGAAGUGCAAGAAGGGAAGCUCAUGUUCUGAUUCUCCUAAUACCAGUAAGGGAACAAAAUCUGAUUUUCCUCCUUGUAAACACUAUGGAAGGAAGGGUCAUCCACCUUUCAAAUGCUGGAGAAAGCCAGACCAGCAGUGUGAGAAGUGCUAG